AAUCAGGCAUUGCACUGUGACCUUGGAAGAGGGAUAGAAACCACAGCACCAAUCCUCAUCAUUGUCUCUCAGCUUAACCAGGAGGCGAGGAAAGAGGACAUUAUGCUCAAGUUUGAGGGCUGGGGGUGUAGCCCUAAGUGAUAGAGGGAGGACUUGUCUAGUAUGUGCAAGGCCCUGGGUUCAAUCCCCAGUAUCAAAACAAAACCCAAACAAAAAGACCAUUGACUAUAUGGUUAGGUUUUGUUCUGUCAGGGACCCAUAGGUGCUAGGGCAGCACAGAGAAAGAGCUUCUAACUUGAUGCUUUGCCACUCCAGGGUGGCCACUACAGUGCCUACAGAAGCCAGACAGGAAAUGGGAACGGUAUGGAGGGUGCUGGGAAUGCCAGCCAACCGGAAGAGCAUCUAGGCUUAUAAUUGCUUGAGCUGAUUUUCUCCCCUUCAGGAAAAGCCACAAACCUUCAUUUUUAUGGGCGCUCCCUUUUUAAAUACUGGAAAUGAAUUCAAAUUUUUAAAAGCCAAACAAAACAACCUGCAAGACAAACUUGGCCAUGACCUGCCAGUUUGCCAGGCAUUCUUCCAACCAGCCAUCCUCCCCCUGACCAAGAAAUUGGAAUGUCCACUGGGAGGUUGGUCCAGCAGUGAGCCAGCAUCUUUGGCUGUGUUUGUGUGUGUUGCUUCUUGAACUUCACCACGUGUAGGAAUCACCUGGGCAGCCUUGUUUAAAGGCAAAUUCUGACCCUGUAGAGCAGAUAGAACCUGAACAGUUGUCCUUGCCUUUCUAACGAGCUCCCAGGUGAUGGUAAUGCUGUCACUCCCUGCACUGAACUUCCAAGUAGUUGCUCAGUAAACAGGGACGCAGAGGGAGCCAUUAUUUGAAGUGGGGGUAUGUGGAGGAUUUGCAAUGAAAGGUGCAUUAAAACAGGACAAGCAUCCCGUUUUUACUUAGAUUUCAGUUUGUUUACCCUGGGUUGGCAGAGAGCUGAUGAUGGCAGUCAGGUACUGUCCUAAGCCGCCUCUUUGUGCUGCCAGGUCUCUGGGCUUAAAGAGUCUCUAUUCCAGAAGACAGGAGGCGGAGGGAGGAAGGUGUUAGGAAAAGCCACCAGGAGGAGGCGCGACUGAACUGCAGGAGCUUCGCCGGCCGCUGGAGGCAAACCCUAAACCAACUGUCCCCUCCCGGGCCUGGGUCUCCGCAUCCCCACGCGAGGUAGGGUUUCCCAGGCUAUCACACGUGCAGGCUGUCUGCGGAUGCUGUCAAUCAAGUUUUCUAAGGGGCUGGAUACGGAAUUAAAGGCGGCUGCGGCUCUGGUCACUCCCAUGGUGCCGCGCGCCGGGCGGGUUUGGAUUUUAAAUCCCCGCGGCCAAUCAGUGGCGCGUAGGCUUUUGUAACGUUCCCAGCGCCGCGUUUGAAUUCGGGGAGGAGCGGAGCGGUGCAGAGCGGAGCGGAGCCUCUGCACCCACCCAGCCAGGUCUCCUGAGCAACUCUGGGAACAUGAGUGCGGCGGCGACUGUGGGGAAGCUGGCGCGGGCACCAGCCGACCCAGGGAAAGUCGGGGUUCCGGCUGCUGGAGCCCCAGCGGCUGCUCCACUAGCGAAAGAGAUCCCCGAGGUCUUAGUGGACCCACGCAGCCGGCGGCGCUAUGUGCGGGGCCGCUUUCUGGGCAAAGGCGGCUUCGCCAAGUGUUUCGAGAUCUCGGACGCAGACACCAAAGAGGUGUUUGCGGGCAAGAUCGUGCCUAAGUCUUUGCUGCUUAAGCCGCACCAGAAAGAGAAGAUGUCCAUGGAAAUCUCCAUUCACCGCAGCCUGGCCCACCAGCAUGUCGUAGGCUUCCACGGCUUUUUCGAGGACAACGAUUUCGUGUUCGUGGUGUUGGAGCUCUGCCGCCGGAGGUCGCUCUUGGAGUUGCACAAGAGGCGGAAAGCGCUGACCGAGCCCGAGGCCCGCUACUACCUGCGGCAAAUCGUCCUGGGCUGCCAGUACCUGCACCGAAACCGGGUGAUUCACAGGGACCUCAAGCUGGGCAACCUCUUUCUGAACGAGAGUCUGGAGGUGAAAAUAGGGGAUUUUGGACUGGCAACCAAGGUGGAAUAUGAUGGGGAGCGGAAGAAGACCCUGUGCGGGACUCCUAAUUACAUAGCUCCCGAGGUGCUGAGCAAGAAGGGGCACAGUUUCGAGGUGGAUGUGUGGUCCAUUGGGUGUAUCAUGUAUACCUUGUUAGUGGGCAAACCACCUUUUGAGACAUCUUGCCUAAAAGAGACCUACCUCCGGAUCAAGAAGAAUGAAUACAGUAUUCCCAAGCACAUCAACCCUGUGGCUGCCUCCCUCAUCCAAAAGAUGCUCCAGACGGAUCCCACUGCCCGCCCCACCAUUCACGAGCUGCUCGAUGACGAGUUCUUCACUUCUGGCUACAUCCCUGUCCGUCUCCCCAUCACAUGCCUCACCAUCCCACCAAGGUUUUCAAUUGCUCCCAGCAGCCUUGACCCCAGUAACCGGAAGCCUCUCACGGUCCUCAAUAAAGGCACGGAGAAGCCCCAGCCUGAUCGUCCUCGGGAAAAAGAGGAACCAGUGGUUCGGGAGACGAAUGAGGCGGUUGAAUGCCACCUCAGUGACAUGCUGCAGCAGUUACACAGUGUCAAUGCCUCCAAGCCCGCAGAGCGAGGGCUGGUGAGGCAAGAGGAGGCAGAGGAUCCCGCUUGCAUCCCCAUCUUCUGGGUCAGCAAGUGGGUGGACUACUCCGACAAAUAUGGCCUCGGGUAUCAGCUAUGUGACAACAGUGUAGGGGUGCUCUUCAAUGACUCCACGCGCCUCAUCCUAUACGACGACGGGGACAGCCUGCAAUACAUAGAGCGCGACGGCACCGAGUCCUACCUCUCCGUGAGCUCCCACCCCAACUCCUUGAUGAAGAAGAUCACCCUCCUGAAGUACUUCCGCAAUUACAUGAGCGAACACUUGCUGAAGGCGGGCGCCAACAUCACGCCACGCGAGGGUGACGAGCUGGCGCGACUCCCCUACCUGCGCACCUGGUUCCGCACCCGCAGCGCCAUCAUCUUGCACCUGAGCAAUGGCACCGUGCAGAUCAACUUCUUCCAGGACCAUACCAAACUCAUCCUGUGUCCGCUGAUGGCAGCCGUGACCUACAUUGACGAGAAGCGGGACUUCCGCACGUACCGCCUGAGCCUGCUGGAGGAGUUCGGCUGCUGCAAGGAGCUGGCCAGCCGGCUGCGCUACGCCCGCACCAUGGUGGACAAACUCCUGAGCUCGCGCUCGGCCUGCCAUCGCCUCAAGGCCUCCUCCUAGGCCUCCCCCUCUGGACUGGCGCCUCCUCCCUCCCACCAGCUCCCGGGCCUGCGCUGGUUGGCUCCCGUGGGCAGUUUCUGUAGUGUGCCCCAGCCCUGGGGGCUGGGCAGGAGCUCCGUGGCCCUGCAGGUGGGGUGUGUAAGUUAUUUUUGUACAUGUUGGGGUGUGGGUUCUGGCUCUUGCUCUCACGCAGCCCACCAGAUGAAUUGCACAGAGAAUUUCUAUUGAAUCGGGACUGCCCCUUCCUCGGCUUUAUACGCAUUAAACACAUGUGAGUCUUCA